GUAUUUCUGGUUCAUUGUAGUUCAACACCAUGGAAGAGGAAGAUAUCGAUAUGGAGACUGUUCAUGAUAGUCAGGCCUUCAUUCACCAUCAUCUCAAUCUGUUAGAGAGACCCUCUACACCAGGUAAAGAGCCGCCAUCAGUCGAGCAGUCCAUGCUCUCCAUGCCCGCCACACCGGUGCCGUCCUUUUCCAAAGAGACCUCCUCUUUGUCCUCCAAACACGGCGGUGAACACGGCCACCACCAUCACCACCACCACCACGAGCACAAGAAGAAGAAGAAGAAGCACAAGCACAAACACAAGCAUAAGCACAAACACGAAAGCAAAGACAAGGAGAAGGACAGAGAGAGGGACAACUCCCACGCCUACAGCAACAGCCCUGCCAGCGGCAGGUCGCUGCGCUCACCGUCUCUGUCUGACUAAAACAUCUGGAAGGGGAGUUAGGGUCUAUUGUGCCAGUCAGGGUUAACAGGAUACAUCCAUUUUGCAAUAGCAGGCUUGCACCCCUGUGAGACACAAAAUGGACAGCAAAACAUGUUUAGUUGAUCUAAAUAUUCAUUACUCAGUAUUAUCGUACAGGAAGACACAUUUGGACAAAGUGUGAAAGAGACGGAUGCUAUGUCUUCUGUUCCUCAGAAAGAAGGCAGCACUCAAUUCCUCGGCAGAAACAGCAGUGCAUGUUGGCCUGCGAGAGGAAACAUGGAACUCUGAACUGAGGUUGCAAUGUCAUUAAGGUAAACCCCUUCAGAGGCGUCCUUGUGUCCUCGCACCACACAGACACACACGGCCUUUGGGAGACUGUGGACUUUUUACACUGCUUCCAAGCUGUCUGAGGCAUGCAACCACAUACACCUCUCUCCACAAACAGGCAAAUACAGCCUCAGCCAAUCUCAUACACUUUACCCCCCCCCCACGUAGACACCACUCUGGUGUGCCUCAUCCCCACAGCUCAAUCCCAACAUUCAGCGAGCGGCUUCCGAGGGGAAACAUGAUUGAUCGUGGUGUCGGUUUGACCAUUCUGUCUGGACCGAGCCUCCGGUGUCUUUAACAUCCUGCAAAUGACAUUUCCCUGUUUGCUCACAGAUGGAAAUGAAACAGAGGAAUUUCACUGUGCUGUACGAUUGAGUAAUCACGUAAUACUAGUGUGUUUUUUAAUACUUUUUGUUUCCCGACUGUCAUCAUUGAUUAAAGAUGCUUUUGUAUUCA